AUGGCCGUCCCGCUUCCGACCCCGACUACACCCCUCUCUUCGCUGCUCAACCUCGACGACUUUGAGCGCAGUGCCGAGGCGACGCUCAAGCCAAAGUCCUGGGCCUAUUACGCAUCUGCCGCAGACGACGGCUGGACCGCCGAGCAGUCAAAGUCGAUCUGGCAGCACGUCCGCUUCCGUCCUCGAGUAUUGCGAGACGUAGGAGGCGACGUCGACUUGCGAGUCAGGAUUGCGGGAAUUGAGAGUCGCCUGCCGUUCAUGAUCUCGCCGGCUGCGAUGGGCAAACUGGCUCACAAAGACGGCGAGAUGUGCAUUGUGAAGGGCGCGGGCCGAGUCGGGAUUCCGUACGCACCCUCUAACCACGCAUCCGUCUCGCACCGCGACCUCGCUUCCGCCGCCCUCCCCUCCCAAUCGCUCUUCUUCCAACUCUACGUCCACCGCGAGCGCUGGCGCUCCGAGAAGCAGCUCGCCGAAGCGAAGGAACUCGGCUACAAGGCCGUCAUUGUCACCGUCGACGUUGCUGUGCCAGGCAACCGCGAGCUGGAUUUGCGAACGGGGUUGGACGAGAACACGGUGUUGCUGGCGAAUCCGGGGAUUGAGGUGGGAAAGAAGGCGUUCGCUAUGGCUACCACUUCGGCCACGAUUGACGCCUCGCUUAGCUGGAAAGAUCUUGAAUGGGUCAAGAAAGCGUCUGGCGGUCUUCCUAUUCUCGUCAAGGGCAUUCACACCGUCGAGGACGCCAUCCUUGCUGAGCAGUACGGAGCAAGCGGGAUCUUCCUCUCGAAUCACGGAGGGCGGCAGGUCAACACCGCCUCGACACCACUUGAAGUCCUCCUCGAGAUCCGCCAAUCCGCGCCGCAGCUCCUCGCCUCCCCCUCACGCUUCACCGUUAUCCUCGACGGCGGCCUGCGCCGCGGUACCGACAUCGUCAAGGCGCUCUGUCUCGGCGCACAUGCCUGUUCGCUCGGCAGGCCAUUCAUGUACUCGCUCGUGUAUGGCGAGGACGGGGUUGAGAAGGUUGCGAGGGUGUUGGAGGAGGAGAUCGUGAGGUGUUGCAAGUUGUUGGGCGUGCGGAGCGUCAAGGAGUUGGGACCGCAGUAUGUGAAUGCGAGGAGGGUGGAGAGAUCGGUUUUCGGUUCGGAGGCGAGGCUGUAG